ACAAAGUUUUUUCCCAUAACAAAUUCUCAUCAUACUACUCACCACUCUCACUACUCACUCUCAUUCUUUCAUCUCUCUCUCUCUCUCUCUCCACAACACUCAUCACUCACUGUAUAAUAUUUCCCUGCAAUUUUCUUGCAGGUGUCUCUCUACUUGUUUUCUCAAUGGAAAACAACCCAGUUCAGCUUUUGCCUCAUCUCACUAUAACACUUGUUCUCAUGAUGAUGAAGAUGAUGGUUUUGUUUCCAAUUAGUACUGAAGCAGUUGCAUCAGUUUCUUCUAUCAAAACUGAUGCAAAAGCUCUUCUCAUGUUCAAAAAGAUGAUUCAGAAGGACCCAAAUGGAGUAUUAUCAGGUUGGAAUCUAAAUAAGAAUCCAUGCAGCUGGUAUGGUGUCACUUGCACCUUUGGAAGAGUCACUGCCCUUGAUGUUAGUGGAAACAGUGAUCUUUCUGCUGGAACUAUUUCCCUUGAACCUUUAUCUUCUUUAGAUAUGUUAUCUGCUUUGAAACUUUCUCUCAAUUCAUUUUCUGUAAAUUCCACUUCUUUGCUUCAGUUACCAUUUAGUUUGACACAACUUGAUCUAUCUUUUGGUAAAGUUUUAGGUCCUGUACCUGAUAACUUGUUCUCCAAGUGUCCUAAUCUUGUUGUCGUGAAUCUUUCUUACAACAACUUGACAGGUCCUAUUCCUGAAAAUUUCCUGCUAAAUUCUGAUAAACUUCAAUCACUUGACCUCUCUUCCAACAAUUUGACAGGUUCAAUUUUUUCUGGUUUGAGAAUUGAGUGCAAAUCUCUGUUGCAGCUUGAUUUAUCAGGAAACCAUUUAUCAGACUCAAUUCCAAUCUCUUUAUCAAACUGCACCAGCCUUAAGAGUUUGAAUUUAGCAAACAAUUUCAUUUCAGGUGGAAUUCCAAAGGCUUUGGGUCAGUUAAACAAAUUGCAAAGUUUGGAUCUUUCACAUAACCAAAUUACUGGUUGGAUCCCUUCUGAAUUGGCAAAUGUAUGUUCUUCACUUUUAGAACUUAAGCUUUCUUUCAACAACAUUACAGGUUCAAUUCCAUCUGGUUUCUCUUCUUGCACUUGGCUGCAACUUCUUGAUUUAUCAAACAACAACAUGACAGAGUUAUCAGAGUCAGUGCUUCAGAAUCUUGGAUCAUUGCAGGAACUUAGGUUGGGAAAUAAUGCUAUAAAUGGAAUAUUUCCAUCUUCAAUAUCUUCAUGCAAAAAAUUGAGGAUUGUUGAUUUCAGCUCAAACAAGAUUUAUGGAUCUAUCCCUAGAGAUUUGUGUCCAGGUGCAGCCUCACUUGAGGAGCUGAGAAUGCCUGAUAAUCUCAUAACAGGUGAAAUUCCAGCUGAACUUUCAAUGUGUUCACAAUUGAAGACUAUUGAUUUUAGUUUGAACUAUUUGAAUGGUUCAAUCCCUGAUGAGCUUGGUGAGCUUGAGAAUCUUGAGGAGUUAAUAGCAUGGUUCAAUGGUUUGGAAGGAAAGAUUCCACCAAAGUUGGGACAAUGCAAGAAUCUUAAGGAUCUCAUAUUGAAUAACAAUCACCUUAGUGGUGGAAUUCCAAUUGAGUUGUUCAAUUGCAGCAAUCUGGAAUGGAUAUCAUUGACAAGCAAUGAACUCACCGGUGAAAUACCGCGAGAGUUCGGCCUUUUGACACGGUUGGCAGUGUUGCAGCUAGGAAACAAUAGCUUUACAGGUGAGAUACCGUCAGAGCUAGCAAAUUGCAACAGUUUGGUUUGGUUGGACUUGAACAGCAACAAGCUGACAGGAGAGAUCCCUCCAAGACUUGGCAGGCAACAAGGAGCGAAAUCAUUAUUCGGUAUUCUUUCAGGAAACACGUUGGUUUUUGUAAGAAAUAUCGGAAACUCGUGUAAAGGAGUUGGAGGUUUGUUAGAAUUCUAUGGAAUCCGAUCCGAGAGGCUUUCACAGGUACCAACAUUGAGGACUUGUGAUUUCACAAGACUCUAUUCUGGUCCUGUCCUCAGCUUGUUUACCAAGUAUCAGACUUUGGAGUACCUUGAUCUUUCCUACAAUCAGCUCCGCGGAAAAAUACCAGAUGAAUUCGGAGAUAUGGUGGCCUUACAGGUUCUUGAAUUAUCUCACAAUAAAUUGUCAGGAGAAAUCCCUUCAUCCCUUGGCCAGCUCAAAAAUUUGGGAGUUUUUGAUGCAUCACAUAACAGAUUGCAGGGUCAUAUACCAGACUCAUUCUCAAACCUAUCAUUCUUAGUGCAAAUAGAUCUAUCUUACAAUGAGUUAACAGGUCAAAUUCCAUCUAGGGGACAGUUAAGUACACUUCCAGCCACUCAGUAUGCAAACAAUCCGGGUCUCUGCGGUGUUCCAUUGCCUGAUUGCAAGAAUGAUAACAGCCAAUCCACAUCGAAUCCGAGUGAUGAUGUUAGCACAGGAAGCCAUAGAAGAUCAGUUGCGUCAUGGACAAACAACAUUGUCAUGGGAAUUCUCAUAUCUGUGGCUUCUGUAUGCAUCUUAAUUGUGUGGGCGAUUGCAAUGCGUGUAAGGAGAAAAGAGGCUGAUGAAGUCAAGAUGCUUAAUAGAUUGCAAGCAUGCCAUGCUGCUACAACAUGGAAAAUUGACAAAGAGAAAGAGCCAUUAAGCAUUAAUGUAGCAACAUUUCAAAGGCAGCUAAGGAAACUCAAAUUCUCACAGUUGAUUGAAGCAACCAAUGGCUUCUCAGCAGAAAGUCUCAUUGGUUGUGGUGGUUUUGGUGAAGUGUUCAAGGCCACACUCAAAGACGGAUCAUGUGUCGCGAUAAAGAAGCUCAUUCGAUUAAGUUGCCAAGGUGAUAGAGAGUUCAUGGCUGAGAUGGAAACCUUAGGAAAAAUCAAACAUAGAAAUCUUGUCCCUUUAUUAGGAUACUGCAAAGUUGGAGAAGAAAGACUACUUGUUUACGAAUACAUGGAGUAUGGAAGCCUAGAAGAGAUGCUCCACAGAAGAAUAAAAACACGCGACCGAAGAAUUUUAACAUGGAAAGAAAGAAAAAAGAUUGCAAGAGGUGCUGCUAAAGGGCUUUGUUUUUUGCAUCACAAUUGCAUACCUCACAUAAUUCACAGAGACAUGAAAUCAAGCAAUGUGCUACUUGACAAUGAAAUGGAAUCAAGGGUCUCGGAUUUCGGAAUGGCUAGACUAAUAAGUGCACUUGAUACACACCUUAGUGUAAGCACAUUAGCAGGAACACCUGGUUAUGUUCCACCAGAAUAUUACCAAAGUUUCAGGUGCACUGCAAAAGGAGAUGUUUACUCAUUUGGUGUUGUAAUGUUGGAACUGAUUAGUGGAAAACGGCCUACUGAUAAGGAAGAUUUUGGUGACACAAAUUUGGUUGGUUGGGCUAAGAUUAAGGUACGUGAAGGGAAACAAAUGGAAGUGAUUGAUACUGAUUUGCUUUUGGAAACUCAACAAGGAACAAAUGAAGGUGAAGUCAAAGAAGUUAAAGAAAUGAUAAGAUAUUUGGAAGUUACUUUGCAGUGUGUUGAUGAUUUGCCUUCUAAAAGGCCGAACAUGUUGCAGGUUGUGGCUAUGCUUAGAGAACUUAUACCUGAAUCAAAUGAUGGAAGUAGCAACAGUGCUUAAUUAAUUGAACCAUGUUAUUGUUGUCUAUAAUGAUUAUGACAAGUGAACGAAAAUUGAAGACAUAUAUAUAUAUAAGGCUUGUAAUAUUUUUUUCUCUAGAGGUGUUAAGGAGUUUGUUGUGCCUAGUUUCACAAUUUGUUUUUUCAAUUUGUUGUGUUAUUUAUUGUUAGUGAUGAUAAUACAAUGUAACUUCAACCAAUAUUAACAUUGGAGUAAUUACAUAUGCAUGUGAAAUCGGAUCCAGGAGAGGCAUUAAAUUGAGCUGAAUUGGUCCAAUCAGUUAAGGCAAUGCAUCAAACAGUUUACAAGCGUGAAA